UCUGACGGUCUUGGUGUCGGUCUCUGUGCUUCUCUCAGUCAUAUUAACCGUAAGACGCAGUACGAGAACCCGGUUCUGGAGGCGCGGAGGAAGAAGCAGCUGGACAGCCAACGCUCUCCUGAAGGCGGACGCUACAUCAGAGAGUGGAUAGAGGAACACUCGUCUGCCGGCGCCACCAUCGGCUCCUAUGUGCCCAGUCAUCUGGAGACGUACAGAGACCCGCAGAGUCUCUCAGCUCCACAAGCCCCGGGGCCCAAACGAGGAAAGCCUUUCUUCACUCGUAACCCAGCCGAGCUGAAGGGGACGUUCAUUAGCACUAAGCUGCUGAAGAGCAGACGGGGCUUCGGCUUUACUGUAGUCGGCGGAGACGAGCCGGACGAGUUCUUGCAGAUCAAGAGUCUAGUGCUGGACGGACCCGCCGCAGUGGACGGAAAGAUGGAGACAGGUGACGUCAUCGUCAGUGUGAACGACACGAUCGUGUUGGGAUACACUCACGCUCAGGUGGUGAAGAUAUUCCAGUCCAUCCCCAUCGGCUCCAUGGUCCAGCUGGAGCUAUGUCGCGGAUACCCUCUGCCGUUCGACCCCGAUGACCCCAACACCAGUCUGGUGACCUCAGUGGCCAUCCUGGACAAGGAGCCCAUCAUCGUCAACAGUCAGGAGGGCUUCGAGCCGCUGCCCGGGCUGACGGUUCAGAUGGCGCCCGGUGUGGGAUCGGUGGGUGUGGCUCCGGGUCUGGAACCCGUCCCGUACAGUGCCACGCCGGAGGACACGCUCCUGGUGACGGCGGACAGCUGCCUGGCCUACUCCAGCGAUGUGGUCACCCUUGCCUCAGCCAUCGCCACCCAGCCGGAGCUCAUCACCGUACACAUCGAGAAGGGCGACAAAGGCUUCGGCUUCACCAUCGCAGACAGCCUGAUUGGCGGAGGACAGAAAGUGAAGCAGAUUGUGGAUUACCCACGAUGCCGAGGGCUGAAGGAGGGCGAUAUCCUGCUGGAGGUGAACAAGAGGAGCGUGCAGGGUCUGAGCCACAACCAGGUGGUGGAUCUGCUCAGCAAAUGCCCACGCGGAGGAGAGGUCACCAUGCUGGUGCAGAGAGGAGUCCUGCAGCCCAAGAGGAGUCCCAAAAUCCUGCAGCUGGAGCGUAAAGACAGUCAGGGCAGCUCUCAGCACAGUGUGUGUAGUCACCGCAGCAAACACACAGACUCUCCGGGCCGUCAGGAGCCCUCGGGCCCCCAGGAACCACCCUCCGUCCCCCCGCCACCCACCCAGCCGUUGCCCGUCCUGCCAGCCUUCGAGGGCCCCGGACCCAACGGGACGCUGCAGAGGAAGCCGGACCCCUUCAAGAUCUGGGCGCAGUCCAGGAGCAUGUACGAGAGCCGCUUGCCGGACUCUCAAGAACAAGACAUUUUCCUUUGGAGGAAAGACACAGGCUUCGGCUUCCGGAUCCUGGGUGGAAAUGAACCAGGAGAACCAAUCUACAUCGGCCACAUCGUGAAGUAUGGGGCGGCGGAUGAGGACGGCCGGCUGCGCUCUGGGGAUGAGCUGAUCUGUGUGGAUGGGACGGCGGUGGUGGGAAAGUCUCAUCAGCUGGUGGUGCAGCUCAUGCAGCAGGCGGCCAAACAGGGCCAUGUCAACCUGACCGUCCGUCGCAAGACCCCAUAUGGAGGGUAUAAGGGAGAGAUGGAUGUCCCGCCGUCCCCGGCCUCGUCUCAUCACAGCAGCACACAGGCGCCAUCUCUGACCGAGGAGAAGCGCACUCCGCAGGGCAGCCAGAACUCUCUGAACACAGUGAGCUCAGGCUCCGGCAGCACCAGUGGCAUCGGCAGUGGGGGUGGCGGUGGCAGCGGGAGCACUGUAGUGGCCCCGGCCCCGGCCACCCUGCUGCCCUACGACGUGGAGAUCCAGCGGGCAGAGAACGAGGGGUUCGGCUUCGUCAUCGUGUCGUCUGUGUCACGACCUGACGUGGCCACUACACUUGCUGGAAACUCCUGCGUGUCGAUGCCUCAUAAGAUCGGCCGGAUCAUCGAGUGCAGUCCAGCAGACCGCUGCGGGAAGCUGAAGGUGGGAGACCGGAUCCUGGCGGUCAACAGCUGCUCCAUCACCAACAAAUCACACUCCGACAUCGUCAACCUGAUCAAAGAGGCGGGAAACACCGUCACACUGCGCAUCAUUCCUGGAGACGAGACAUCCAACGCCUCGCUGCUGACCAACGCUGAGAAGAUUGCCACCAUCACCACCACACACACACAGAGCAGCACGGAGCCCAGGAAUAAUAAGCCCCGGGCAGGACAGUGUGUGUCCUACAGUCAGGACGCAGAGUUUUAUUCAGUGGAUCUGGAGCGGGAGAGUAAAGGCUUCGGCUUCAGUCUGAGAGGGGGGAAAGAGUACAACAUGGACCUGUAUGUGCUGCGUCUGGCGGAGGACGGCGCCGCGGGCAGAAACGGCAAGAUGAGGGUUGGAGAUGAAAUUCUGGAGAUCAAUGGAGAAAGCACAAAGAACAUGAAGCAUUCUCGCGCCAUCGAGCUGAUCAAGACGGGCGGCCGCUGGGCGAGGCUGGUGCUGAAGCGAGGAGACGGGUCCGUGCCGGAGUACGACGGCCCAAAUGACAGCUACCCUCCCUCACCCAGGCCACAAAAUAAUUCGGAAGUGAGGCCCUUGCUGGCCAGUGGCCCGUUUUAUCAUCCGUCUGAGUCCAGCUACACAUCUGAAUAUCACUCCCCACCCCAGCCCAAGCAGCGCCAGCUCCACCACAGAGACCCAGAGAAGGCCCCGGGCCCCGGCCUGUUCCCCAGCGCUCCACACCACCAGCCCUGGAACAACCAACCCAGCCCGUCACCAUCCCCGGACCACUCCAAGGUCAAGAAGUCAGAGUCGGAGAGCGGCAUCGCCAAGCUCUUCAAGACCUUGAGGAAGGAGGGUGGGUUCGGGAGGAAAACCUCCAACCAGGACCUGCAGAGGCGAGGCCGCAAAUCAUCCGUAGACCCCCAGAGCAGCUCGGGCUCUCAGGUGCGCAGCGGGUCCCUGGACCGCUCCUCCGGCCGGAAGCGCAACCCUUCCCCAGAGCGCCGCCGGGCCAAGUCUGUGGACCGUCGCACCAGCCGCUCCUACAAGGAGUCGUCGCCGGAUCGGGGCCCGCAGGAGCCGCUUGGUUGGACCUCCACCCCUCAGAGGAGCGUCCCAGCCCAGAGAGAGCCCAAGACCCCCGGCAGGAAUGGCUUCACCUCCAGCACCCUGGGCCGCACUCCUGACCGCGGGCUGAAGAACAGGAACGCUCUGCUGAACAGCUCUCCGAAGGCGCACCUCAGCGGCGGCGCAAACACACUCCUGCACAGGAAGUCGGACAGCAGCAGCGACGGCAGCUUCCUGGAGGAGGCAGCGACCCCACAGCUGAGGGAUUACUAUAACGCUCUGAGAGCCGUCAGCGCAGCGGGCCGAGGACAGAACUCUCCGGCAAAGAGACGCCUGUACAAGGAGAACCACGCAGACCUCAGCAUCUGACCUGACCAGCGCGGACUGUCCCUCAUCCCUCACACUGCUUCCACAUCCUGUGUCAAGAGCCAUGUUCUGUUUAAAGAUGCAGUUUCCGUUCCAGAAUGUUGCGUUCUCUUUGUGUCCUCUUGUUUUCUCCCAGUUCAGACCGACUGAACCAGAGCACAAGUGUUUGACUUUUAGUUCUUUGUACAUUUUAAUAGAUACGUGGGAACACCUGAACUCUGAUGCUACUGUUUAAUUAAGUAAUGUAUUUAAGCUGUUUAUUUAUUUUGACAAAUUGAAAUGUGACGUUUGAGAAAGCAUCUUCACUCUUAGUCUGUUGUAGAUAUCUGACUGUGGUUGUCUGAAACCUGCACUGGACUGAGGCACGAGCCGCCCACGAGCAAAAAAAACGCAAAGAUGACAACAGAAAGGUAUCCUGUGGCACAAUUUAUUUUAUUGUUGAUGUAGACUUUAUUUUUUACCAUAACCACCUGAAAUGAAACUAAAGGCACAUGUGCACAGUUGAGUAAAUUAGCUUAAAUCGAGUUAUUACAAAAUGUAUAUUUUCUGAACGAAUCAGGUGCUUUUAAAAGUGGCUUAAAGUGCAUUGAAGCUGUAUAUUUUAUCACUAUGUGCGAGCUCCAGUUGAGCUUCAGGAACACAGAAACACUGGAUAUAUGUCAAAUGAGAGAAACCCGUAUGCUUUUAGUCCCUGCAUAUUCCUUUGUGGCCCUUUUUAAUUCACAUUGGUUUUAAUCCGAGCUCUGUCCCUGACGCAGCAGCCACUUUUACCUCCAGAAGUAGAGUACCAAAGGCAGGAUAGGACCGAUCUGUGGAUUCUGGCCUGAAUGUACAGUUUCUGCACUGAAGCUUCAGGUUUGAUCUGAAAGACUCCAGGCGAGAUCUGCCAAGCUGAGCCACCCGUGUCCUCCAUCCGCAAUACGUGUUUGACCGGGAACACAAGAGUUUCGUGAUUGACCAGGAGCGGGAGCAGGGAAUUCCUCCAUCUGAACCGUACUGUAUCACAUGAACGUAUCAGCCACUGUCUUUUGUACAGGUUUUUAUUACUGUAUGUACUUUAAAGCUGUGUAGGUAAGGAAACUGUUGCCUUUCUCUGUACAAAUCCACCUGAAGAAGAUGUUUAUUCUGGAAGACGAUCGGUGCACAGGACCAUUUGCUUGAAUGACGGUUUUCCAGGAAUAUCUGUCGUGAUGAUCGCCUGCUUUUUUCCUACAGAUCUCGUAUACUGUCUGUGGUCUCUGCAAAGUUAUAUGGAUUUUAAAUGCUUUUUUCUGUCGAUAAAAGCUGUACAUGUAUAUGGUCUAAUGUUUUUUCUUUUUACAAAACUAUGCAUAUAAAUAUAUAAAUAUAUAUAUAUAUAUAUAUAUAAAUAUACAAAUUCUGCAUUGUCCAUAGCUUUAUUUGACUCAUGAAGUUUUAACAUUAGUCUAAGUAGAAGUGGACUCACACAGUAAAGUUUUUUUCUCUUCUUCUCGUUUGGAUGGAUCACGAUGUAUAUGUAGCUAUCAAAAAGAAGUCUGUGAAUGCUAUUUUUAUUAUCAAAUAAAGUUUUCCAUACAAAUUCA